CGGCAGGGGGCGCUGUGGGGGCGCGCGCGUGCGCGGGAGCGGUGCCGCGAUGGCGGCGCUGCUGGAGCACGAGAGCCAGAUCUUCCUGGAGCUGUUCCACCGCGACGGGCUCGCCGUGUGCGCCCGCGGGCUGGGCAUCGACCGCCUGCUGCUGCGCUUCCUGCGCCUCUACUGCGAGCCCGCCAGCCUCGUGCUCGUGCUCAACACCAGCCCCGCCGAGGAGGAGUAUUUUAUUGAUCAGCUGAGGUCAGAUGGAGUUGUUCAUCUCCCUCGACGGGUUACCAAUGAAGUUGCAAAUAAUACUCGAUAUGAAUUUUAUACACAAGGAGGAGUGAUCUUUGCAACAAGCCGGAUCCUUGUGGUAGAUUUCCUCACUGACAGAAUUCCUGCCAACCUCAUUACCGGCAUUUUGGUGUACAAAGCACACAGAAUCAUUGAGUCCUGUCAGGAAGCAUUCAUCCUGCGGCUUUAUCGCCAGAAGAACAAGCAAGGCUUCAUUAAAGCUUUCACAGACAAUGCAGUUGCAUUUAACACUGGCUUUUGUCACGUGGAAAGAGUGAUGAAAAAUCUUUUUGUUGGGAAGCUUUAUCUGUGGCCAAGAUUUCAUAUAGCAGUGCACUCCUUUUUAGAGAAGCAUAAACCUGAAGUGGUGGAAAUACACGUGGCCAUGACCCCUGCUAUGCUUGCUAUCCAGACUGCAAUCCUGGACAUUCUGAACGCGUGUCUGAGGGAACUCAAGCGUUACAACCCAGCUCUGGAAGUAGAGGAUCUGUCUUUAGAGAAUGCUAUUGCUAAACCUUUUGACAAGACAAUACGUCACUAUUUAGAUCCUCUCUGGCACCAGCUUGGAGCUAAGACAAAGUCUCUGGUCCAGGAUUUGAAGAUCCUACGUACUUUGCUGCUGUAUCUAACCCAGUAUGAUUGUGUGACUUUCCUUAAUCUCCUGGAGUCACUGAAAGCAACUGAAAAAGCUUUUGGUGAGAAUUCAGGCUGGCUGUUCCUUGACUCCAGUACCUCAAUGUUUGUGAAUGCUCGAGCUCGAGUUUAUCGCAUUGCAGAUGAGAAACUGAAUCAGAAAGGCAAAGCCUCAGGCUCUGAAAAACGUGAUGUAAAAAAGGAAAACGAACUUAAAAGGGAAUUGGUUCUAGAAAGUAACCCGAAAUGGGAAGCUUUGAGAGAAGUACUGAAAGAGAUUGAAGAUGAGAAUAAGAACAGUGACAACCUUGGUGGCCCAGGGCAAGUGCUCAUUUGUGCCAGUGAUGACCGAGCCUGUGCACAGCUCAGGGAGUAUAUUAUUGCUGGAGCAGAAGCUUUCCUAACAAGACUAUAUAACAAAACCUUUGGAAAGGACGAGAAAGCUGGAGAAGUGUGGAUUAAGGACAGAAAAGCCAUCAAGGCCAAAGGAAAUGCCAAACCAGACACAGGGCCUCAAGCCAAAAAAGCCAAACUAACAGCUUCUUCAAAACAAAAUAAACUCAAGAAACAGCAAGACCGGACUAUACUCCAGAUGAUAGGGAAAACUGAGGAGGAAAAGAGAGAGGAAGUCGAGGUGGAAGACAACGAAGAAUUAAGUGGUAGCCAAGAAAGCAACACUGAAGAGACCAUUCCUGAGGAUUUUGAUGUGAACCUGCCCUCAGACUGUUACUAUGGCAUUUUCAAGGACCCGCUGACCAUCAUCCACCCGCUGCAGGGGUGUGGGGACCCCUAUGCGCUCACUCGGGUGCUGCACGAGGUGGAGCCCAGAUACGUUGUGCUGUACGAUGCAGAACUCACUUUUGUUCGGCAGCUGGAGAUCUACAAGGCAAGCAGGCCUGGGAAGCCUUUGAGAGUUUAUUUCCUGAUAUAUGGGGGCUCCACAGAGGAGCAGCGCUACCUCACAGCUCUGAGGAAAGAGAAGGAGGCCUUUGAAAAACUCAUUCGAGAGAAGGCCAGCAUGGUUGUUCCUGAAGAAAGAGAAGGAAGAGAUGAAACAAACCUAGACCUCCUCAGAGACGCCAGACCUGCCUCUGUCUCUGCUGACACACGCAAAGCAGGGGGACAGGAGCAGAAGGGUGUUCAGCAAACCGUAAUCGUGGAUAUGCGGGAAUUCCGCAGUGAGCUUCCAUCUCUGAUCCACCGCCGCGGGAUCGACAUUGAGCCUGUGACCUUGGAAGUCGGGGAUUACAUUCUAACCCCUGACAUCUGUGUGGAGAGGAAGAGCACCAGCGACCUCAUCGGCUCCCUGAACAACGGCAGGCUGUACGCGCAGUGCGUGGCCAUGUGCCGUUACUACAAGCGGCCCGUUCUCCUCAUUGAAUUCGAUCCUAACAAACCCUUCUCCCUGAUCCCGCGAGGCUCUUUACAGCCAGAGAUUUCCAGCAAUGAUGUCACUUCUAAACUGACCCUCCUCACUCUGCACUUCCCAAAGUUACGAAUCCUGUGGUGCCCCUCUCCCCACGCUACUGCCGAGCUGUUUGAAGAGCUGAAACAAAACCGUCCCCAGCCCGACGCAGAAACAGCGAUGGCCGUCACCGCCGAUUCCGAAAUUCUCCCCGAGUCAGACAAGUACAACCCUGGGCCUCAGGACUUCCUGCUGAAAAUGCCAGGGGUUAAUACAAAAAACUGCCGUGCCUUAAUGACCCACGUUAAAAGCAUUGCAGAGCUGGUGACACUGUCCAAGGAUGAGCUGUCCAAGAUUUUGGGUAAUGCUGCCAAUGCCACACAACUCUUCGACUUCAUUCAUCUGACCUAUGCAGAGGCACUAGCCAAAGGAAAAAGCAAAAGAUGACUCAUGAGGUUGUUCAACAUGCAGCACAGAUAAGCUUUUAUGGCACAGUACUUUGGCAAAUACAUGAAAUAUUUUAAUAAAGGCUUCCUCUAAGGUAACCAGCUGUUUCUUGCUAAUGCUGUUUCAUCAGUUCUAACAUGUGAGUUAAUUAUUACUGAGGGCAAGUUUCAAGAGGAAAAAAUAUUUUUAAUAGAGAAAUGUGAUUUUUUUAAAUUCCUUUUAAAGCACUUUAACCAAUUCUGUAAUACCACUGAAUUAACUAAAUGAAGUUUUUCACCAAGACCAUAAGAAUUAAGUGCUAAGACUAACUGAUAAAGGCGUUUUCUUGUGAAAGUUAUGAUGCCUUGUUCAAGCUAAAAAUGUGCUGUGUUUUGGUUAGUCUGUGUGACCUGUUGCAUGAGACAACACUGCUCUUACCAUUUUUAAUGUCUCACUCUCUGGCAGCUGCCUGUUUUCAAUUGACAGUGAUGGAGCUAUUUGAAACACUUCUUGGUCUUUGCUCAGGAGUUUGUUCAGAAUAUACUGGGACUGAAUCCUGAGUUUUAGAACAUGACCAUAAGCUUUUGGCACAGUAAAAUCCAUGUAUGCUAUACUCUACAUUUGCUUGCUUACCUUACUACCAGUUACACUUUUACCAUUCCAAAGCUAGUACAGCUCUGCCUUGCUAGAUUUUGCAAAUUUUCCUUUGGUGUGACUGGGUAGAAAUUCUGUGGUGCCACAGUGCAACCUAAUUUCAAGUGUGCCUUACUUAUACUUUUAAGAGGCUUCAUUUUUUACUCAGUUUUGAUAGCUCUUUCACUUGAAAGUGAAAACUUUGGGUAUACCAUUGGCACUGUGCCUUUAUACCAAAGAAUAUUUCCUCUUGUAAAAUGCAGUUGUUUUCUAAGCAAGGUUUUCCAAAAAUGUUGAAAUUUCUUCCAAUAUUGGCUUCUUUUGUGUCCUAUUGCUCUUGUAUUUUUAUGUCUCAAAUCAAUUGUCUGCCAAUUAACUCAGUAAAGCCAUUGUCAUGUAGAAGAUAAUAAUUUUAGCAUUUUGUGUAGCAGAAAAGAGGGAAAAGUUUGUGAAGUGAAUGUGUGCAUUGUUAAAUUAUAUAUUGUACAUUGAACUUUGAUACAACAGUGUACCAAACUGCCUUUGCCAAAAGGGUUGGUCCAGUGUUAUUCCAUGCUAAUGUAUUUACAUUUGCUAUUUACAAAACGUAUAUCUAUUACUUGUACAUGUAUUUAUAUGAUUCUAAUAGGAACAACAGACCAAUAUUAUCUCCUUCGUGAAGGGAGAAAAUAUUUUUUGUGUCCAGUAAAAACUGUACUCUGCACUUUCAGGUAAAAUGUUUGUUGUGCAUUUUAAGUGUGCAUUAUGAAUUGCUAACUUUAAUCUAUGGCUGAGCUGUGACAAAUUUCAAAGGGAACAUUUUUCUGCAGAUGCAAAUUUUAGUAUUUAAUGCACCCAUAAUAAGAUUAAAAAUUGUUAAUUAUCUUGGUUUUCUUUUGGCUGUAUUGAUAGCAGAACAUUUUUAUUUUUAGUGUGUGGUUUACAAUCCAGAUCUUAGGGUUUCUAUUGCCCUAGAUUCUAGUUUAUUUGAGAAAUCUUUCCAUGAGACUUUUGCUUAUUCAGACUAUUGUUAUCAGGUGUGCAGAGUGUGGAGAAUGUUGUAAAGUGGUGCUAAGAGAAUUGAAAAUCAGAGGAAGAUCGAACUGUCCUGAGUGCAUGGCUUGUAGAGCCUGAUUCAGAAAAGGGCAGCUGAGCAGCCUUUGAGAACACACUUUGCUUGUGCACUGGGCAUUAGGGUGCUCCAUGAAAUGUGGGUUUGGGGUUUUCACAGAGCUCCUCAGCUCUUCAGUGAGAUCUGGAGUUUUUGCAUUGAUGUGUAUGGGGUGAAAAUGAAGGGUAUAGUAACAGGUGAUGAAGUUGUAGCUUUGUGUUGUAUGCUAGAUCAAAGUUACAUCAUGCAAUUAAAUAAUUAUUUGCUAAA